GCGCGGUAUAAAUAGCGAGGCAGGGCCCUCUCGGUCAGGUGGAUUCCUGUGGCUGGGGCUGCUGUCAUUGGCUCUGCAGUGGGUGCUGCUGCUGCUGUUGUUGUUGUUGCCGCUGCUGUGGCUGCAUUAUUAAGGCUCCAGGUCAAGGCCAUGCGAAGUUAAGAGGUCGUCCGUCACUGCCAAUGCGCGCCUCGCCGUCGCCAUCCUUCCUUCUGCCAGGAUCCUCAGCUGGUUGCGCGGGUAGCAAGAACACAGAGGAGUUCGUGGACGUGAGCGGGAGAGCGGCGUCACUGACCGGCGACGAAUCUUACCUGCAGACCCGCCAGAACAUUGACACUUUGCCAACGAGUCGACCCACAGGAGAAUCAUUCAUAGAAUGAAUGAGUACUUUGACUCGCUGUUACGCUGACACUCGCUAGGCAGCUAGAACAACGAUUGGACUCGACCAUACGCCGAGAGGUAAGCAGACUCACGACAAAAAUGUACUACUAAGUCGACCUAAGUACUCAUUAUAUGCACUAAAAAGUAGACUCGCUAAAGUGCAUUUACGAGUCGACUCACUUUUACGUCAGCACACUAUAACGUAGACUCAUAACUUGACUCAUCGAGCCGAUGAACUAAGAUGGCAAUUUACCCAUUGGUCGACGAAUAAUUGGACUCAAAACCUCUCACUCAUCAGUGGAACAAUUUGUCGACUCGCUGCUAUGCGGACUCACAAGUCGACCAACUAAUAUUCCGAUUCACUACCGAGUCAACCAAAGAACCCGACCAACAGCUACACCCAACGAGGCACACACUCGACGCAACAUGCAGAACACCUCCUCCACCCCCCACGUCCAAACAGAGUGCGUGAUUUUCGCCGACUUCAACUGCACGGGACCAACCCAGGUUCGCGAGGUCCGCCUCGUCCUUCUUGUCGUCUUCGCAAUCUUCAUCACGGCCACCAUCCUCGGCAACCUGCUCAUCAUCACCGCCAUUGCCUCCUUCACGAAGCUGCAGACGCACGCCAACUUCCUGGCCCUCUCCCUGGCCGUGUCCGACCUGCUCGUGGGCGUCUUCAUCAUGCCCCUGAGCAUGAUGAAGACCGUCUACGACUGCUGGUUCUACGCGUCCGUGCUGUGCAACGCGCACUACUUCCUGGACUACACCCUCACCACGGCCACCAUCCUGCACAUCACCUGCAUUGCCUACGACCGCUACGUGGCCAUCUGCGACCCGCUGCGCUACCCGACGCGCGUCACCGUCCGCACCAUCGCGGCGCUGCUGGUGCUCUGCUGGCUCGGCGCGGCGAUCUUCUCCUCUCCCAUCCUCCUGAGCUUCAGCCCGACGCUGUCACGCGGCAACAUUGAGCGCGUCUCGUGCCCCGACGACUGCGUGUUCUCCGUGAGCUUCGGCAUCCUCGUCACCAUCGGCAUGGGCCCCUAUUUCGCCUCCGUCCACGUGGUCUUGCUGAUGUACGCCGUCAUCUACCGCGUGGCGCGCAGGCAGUCACGCAAGGUGGCGGCCGAGGCUGCCUCCUCGUCGGCGGUCGACUCGAGCGCCGUGAAGAACAUGAAGCGAGAGCACAGCGCGGCCAAGACCCUGGGUGCCAUCAUCGGCACGUUCAUGCUGUCGUGGCUGCCCUACUACGUGGUGGCGAUGAUAUCCUUCACCGUGGAUGGCCUCUUCAUUCCCUACCGAGUGGCUAUGUGGAUCGGCUACUGCAGUUCGGCCAUCAACCCGCUGCUCUACGCCUCGUUCAACCGCUCGUUCCGCACGGCCUUCCGCGACAUCUUUCGCCUCCGCGUCUUCUCCGCAGUGGUCAGGAGGGACGCAGGGCUCUCGGAGAGGAGCCACGGCCAGGCGACGACGCGCUGAACGUGGCUUUUUUUUUGAAAGGUGGUGACGUCACUGAGGGGCG